AUGGGAGAGGUCUAUGCACCAUCGGCCCCAGUUUUGUUUGCAAAAGCAGCUCAGAUUUUUAUAAAUGAGUUGUCUCUCAGAGCCUGGAUACACACAGAAGAUAACAAGAGAAGAACCCUACAGAGAAAUGACAUUGCCAUGGCAAUAACCAAGUUUGAUCAGUUUGAUUUUCUCAUUGAUAUUGUGCCAAGAGAUGAACUCAAACCUCCCAAACGACAGGACCCAAUACGUCAGACGGUAGUAGCCCCAGAUCAAGUACAAUACUACUUUCAACUGGCCCAGCAUCAGGCCAUCUCCAUGCAGCAGCAACAGCAACAACAACAACAAGGACAACAAGCACCGCAGCAGGCACCACAACAACAACAGCAGCAGCAGAUGGCAACGCAAGUUCAACAACAGCAAGUAACCGUCAGCACACAGCCGCAGGCUAUCAUCACUAGCGUGCCACAGCAGCAGAUCGUUACCAUGGCACCAGGACAAGCUCAGAUGAUACAGAACCAGCCACAAGACCAAACUGAUGUGCAGUAUCCAAUCCAUUUUAAUUCAGCUCAAAUGCAGUACAUCCGCAUGCAGCAGAUCCAACAACUUCAACAACAGCAGCAACAACAACAGCAGUCGCAGGGUCAACAACAAGCACCACAACAAACGACACAGCAACAACAGGCCGGCCAGCAACCUACACAGACGACCGCUGAACAGGCACAACAGCAGGCUCAACAGCAAGCACAGCAAGCCACUGCUCAACCAACGGAGUUCACGUUUGCCUCUGGAGGACAGGUAACUAAUGAACAAAGGAUGAAUAUGUUGAACUAGCUUAGAAGCUGGUUUUUUUCCCCUUCUCAAACUC